CAGGCAUGGCGGCACCGGCACAGGGCUACUUCCUUUUCAAAAGGGAAGAGCUUCCGAGUUGUGAACAGUCCUUCCGGGACGAAUUUACAGGAAAGUGACGAUCAAGGAUAUACUGCUAUGAGCACAGAAUCGGAAAUGUUGGAUACUGAGGAACGGGACGAUUCCACACAACAGCGAGACGAUACCACACAACAGCGAGACGAUACCACACAACAGCGUGAAGAUUGUUCUGAAAAGGGAAAAGAUAAAAAUGUGACGUAUGGUGGUGCAGAAUUCAAGGCCAAGAAUCCAACGCCCCUGACGUCGGUCUUUCUG